CACACGAAUCACCAAAUGUUUUAAAAGACCAUUAUCAGGACUUGUUGGUCAUAUCUAAACAAGAUUUAAGAUCAGAAAUGACAGUUGCCAAAAAUUGUAUUAAAAGUUCAUGCGAUAAAAAUGAUUUUAAACUUGAAGAUAUAAAAAAAUAUGUCUCAAAGCAAGUCUACCCAAAUGUGUACAAAUUGUUGCAAGUGGCGAUCACUCUUCCAAUUAGUUCAUCAACAUGUGAUCGUUCUUUUUCGGCAAUUAGACGCUUAAAAACAUGGUUAAGAACAUCUAUGCUUCAAAAUCGUUUCAACACAAUUUCAAUACUUAAUAUUGAAAAGGAUAUUGUAAAGCAUAUUGACAAUGACUCCAUAAUCAACAAAUUUGCAAGAAAAAAUAGAACAAUUGUGUUACAAUAAUUUUAAUAAACUUUAUUCUUU